CUUGAAAAAUGAAUUCCAGAAUCUUUCUUUCUGGAAACAUAAAUGCGGUGGAAAUAUAUUUGGUAUGUGACAGCUCAGAAAUUGCUAAGGUUACCCAAUUUCCACACGUUGUGUAGGGCGCUGUAAUUUCACGCGUUGAGCUGCGCGAGUAUAAAUAAAGGGGCUACGGGCGCUUUGUUAUACACAGCAGUACUGGUGUAGAUCACACGGUCAAAGCAAAGAGAGUAGGGUAGUUCAGGUCGACGAGAAAGAAGAAGAGUAGCUCAGGGCCGUAGGAGACGAUGCCGACCAUGAGAGGCUUUGAUCCGGUGCUUUCAGCGGCGUUGCUUGUCGGAGUCCUGAUCGCCUCCGCCCCUGCAGGCGUGCAGUCCAUCGGCGUGUGCUAUGGCAUCAUCGGCAGCAACCUCCCUUCGCCGCAGGACGUGGUGCAGCUCUACCGCUCCUUGGCGAUCUCGGGCAUGCGCGUCUACACCGUCGAGCCCCCCGCCCUGAACGCGCUCCGCAAUGCCGGCAUCGACCUCAUCCUCGGCACCACCAACAAUGACGUCGCCCACCUCGCCGCCAGCGCCGCCAACGCGGCCUUCUGGGUCCAAACCAACGUCAAGCCCUACUACCCUGACGUCAAAAUCAAGUACAUCGCCGUCGGCAACGAGCUCACGGGCGGGGCCACGCAAAGCAUCCCCGCCGCCAUGCGGAACCUGAACGACGCCUUGGGCGCCGUGGGUCUCAGCGCUGUCAAGGUUUCCACGGCGGUGAAGAUGGACGUGAUCGCCAACUCCUUCCCACCCUCCAGCGCCGUGUUCGCGCAGACCUACAUGACGGACGUGGCACAGAUCCUCGCAACCAUCGGCGCGCCGCUGCUCGCCAACGUGUACCCCUACUUCGCCUACCUGGGAAACCCCGGCAACAUCAGCCUUAGCUACGCGACGUUCCAGCCCGGCGCGCCGCCGCUGACGGAUAGCGGGAACAGGCUCGUUUACACGAACCUCUUCGACGCCAUGGUGGACGCCAUCUACGCCGCGCUGGAAAAAGCCGGGGCGCCGGGGGUGAGGGUGGUGGUGUCAGAGAGUGGGUGGCCGUCGGCAGGAGGGGUGGCGGCGACGAUGGAGAACGCAAGGGCGUACAACCAGGGACUGGUCGACCAUGUAGCGCACGGCACGCCGAAGAAGCCUGGCCCGAUCGAGGCGUAUCUGUUCGCCAUGUUCAACGAGAACCAGAAGACCGGGGAAGAGACAGAGAGGAACUUUGGGCUCUUCUACCCUGCCAACAAAGCGCCCGUGUACCCCAUUAAUUUCGCUGGUUCAGUGGCAGCGAACCGCACCCACUUGCGUGGCUCUCGUAGGCAUUAGAUUGAUGUGUACCUUCACAUAUCUGAAAUUGAAA